AUGGAUCAGAGAGAACUUGAUGCGCGCGUAAAGGCCCUUCACAAGGCCGCUCAGUCCAAUGAGCCCCCUUCUGCUAUCAUUGGCAUUAUCGAGUCCCUAAGAUCUGCUUCGCCGACUGAAGAAAUGCUGCGCACUACGAAGGCGGGCAUUGUCGUAGGAAAGCUUCGAGGAAAUGCGAACAAGGACAUCGCCAAGAUUGCGACCGAAGUGGUUGCGAAGUGGAAGAAAGGCAUCGAGUUGGAGAAGAAAUCCAAGAGCCUGCAUUCCGCCAAAGCACCAAAGGGUUCCGUAUCUCCCGCAUCCAAAGCUGCUUCGCCUGCCCCGAAGCCCCUCGCGGGAAACAAGAAGGCCUACGAGGGUGAUUUAGAAAAGCGCAAUUAUAAGACGGACAAGGUUGAAAUUAGCCGCACCGGCUCCCAGGUCCGUGACAACUGUAUCGGGCUUCUCUACAACGGCCUCGCGUACCGUUCGCGCGAAUCCGAGGACAACGUCAUCAUGCGCGCCGUCGAGGUCGAGCACGCCGCCUUUAAGGCCUACAAGGGCGAGACCAAGGAGUACAAGGAAAAGAUAAGGUCUUUAUUCCAGAACCUCAAGGUCAAGACCAAUGCAGAGCUGGGCCGCAACGUCAUGUCGGGCACCAUCGCCGCCGAGCGCUUCGUCGUCAUGACUUCCAAGGAGCUCAUGUCUGCCCACCAGCGCAAGACCGACGCCGAGCUCGAGCUCGAAAACAUGAAGAAGGCCCAGGUCCCCAUGGUCGAGAAGAGUAUUAGCGACAGUCUUGAGUGCAGCAACUGCAAGAAGAAGAUGGUCAGCUACACGCAGGCUCAAACCCGCAGCGCUGAUGAACCGAUGACGACUUUCUGCGAGUGUAUGAACUGCGGAAAGCGUUGGAAGUUCUCUUGAUCACUACGUCUUGGCUUAUCUACCUAUCUUUACCUAGUUUGGUCUUCCCAAAUCGUAGCAUGGAUACGGCCUCUCAUGAAGUUGCAUGAGGUACAUAAGCAUUACGCGCCGUGGCAUCAUAGAUGGCAGGUGUCUCAUGGCAGGCGUCUCGGAUUCGGUCGACGACCAGGUUGCUUUAUUUUUGAGAUUGGUUGCGUUUGAGUUUGAGUUUGCGUGGAGUUAAGGACUCUAUUCGUUGA